CUUUCCCCUGCUUCCCCCCCCCCCGCCUCCCCUUCUCUCCUUCUCCCUCUCCCCCACUUCCCUCCUCCAUCCGUCCGCGUCUCGCCACUCCUUGCCUCACCUCGCCGCCAUGAGCUGGAAGGGAUUCACCAAGGCCGUCAACCGUCUCCCGCAGCGCGUUCUGCAGAAGGCCGGCUACGCUGAGGAGACCCACGAUCCUGACUUCGAGCAGAUCGAAAUCCUGUUCAAGGACUUCGAGUCGGCCGCCAAGAAGCUCCAGGAGGACACGAAGGCCUUCCAGAGGGCCGUUCAGGGCCUGCUUAACCACCAGGCCGCCAUCGGCACCUCCUUCGAGCAGGUCUUUGCGCCGGUCUCCUCGCGCGUUGGUGCGGCGGCUGCCAGCUCGGCCGAGCAGUCUCCCCAGCUGGCCUCCACCUCGGUGAAUGCCCAGUCCAUCGCCUCCUAUGUGGGCGUGUCGAAGGAUUGGAAUGAGCGCCAGCUCCAGAUCAUGCUCGACUCCCUUGAGGCGGUUGUCGUGAAGCCCUGCGAGGAGCUCAUGGAGAUUGUCAAGGCCGCUCGGUCGACCAUCGACAAGCGCAAUCGCAAGCAUGUAGACUAUGACCGGUACUACACGGCCCUCAAGAAGGCCCAGGAGAAGGAGAACUCCAACCCCUCGGACAUGCUGCGUGCCGAGCAGAACUACAACGAGGCAAAGGCCCAGUAUGACUACUACAAUGAGCUGUGCAAGAAUGAGGUGCCGCUGCUGUAUGACAUGCGUGUGGCCUUCAUGGAUCCGGUCAUCGAGAUGCUUGUGCGCUUCCAGUUCGGCUUCUUCAACGACAUCACCAACCUCAUGUACCCGAUGAGCAAUGAGUUGGAUCUCGGCGACCCGGCUCUGGAGGACACCUACAAGGACAGCAUGGCCCCGGUCCUCGAGAGCAUGGUCGACAUUCGGAUCUUCAAUGCCCGCAUCAUCGAUCCGUCUCUGCCGGUGGCUGUCCCGCUGCCGGGCACGCCGGGCGGCCCGCCGGGCCCGACCGGUGGGGCCGGAUCGCCGCCCGGAUCGCCGACCGGCGCGUCCUCCAAGGCCGAUUCCUUCGGUCCGCCGCCGACCGGCGGGGCCUCGGGCUUUGGUGCCCCGCCGGCCGCCGGGGCCGCGGGGUUCAGCGCGCCGCCGGCGGCUCGCUCAAGUCCCGCCAUCCCGUCUUCCAUCCCGCCGUCGCUGCCGCGCUCCCCGACUGCCCGGGCUUCGGAUGUCAUCUGCUAUGCGCAUGCCGCUUACGACUAUCAGUCUGACACCCCGGGGGAUUUGUCCUUCACCUCGGGCCAGCGCAUUGCCAUCAUCAAGCGGACACCCUCCCAGGAGGACUGGUGGACCGGUCGCCUGGACAACGGCCAGUCUGGCAUUUUCCCUGCCAACUAUGUGGUGCUCGAGUAAGUGCAUUUUCCUGCGGCGGCGCUGUGUGCAUCGGCGUGUGAAUGCCGCGGCCAUGUUGCUAUGUGCAUCUUCUCCUUCACGGCGCGCGACAAAAAGAGCGACAGCGGGCGAGGGGGGCAUCGUCAGCAGCAGCAGCAGCAAGCGGAGCCCCCUCCCAUCUUUCAUCUCGCGCGCGCAUGACCCCAUACUGCAUACGCACACACACUUGCACCUCCCCCCUGCCCCCGAUAUCCAUGCGUCACGCCCGUAUGCAUGGACACAUCUCUCUUUUUUUUUCACCGGGAAGCGUGCAGGUGGUGGGACACAGGGGGCCGACAGGCGCUGCCCCCUCGUCUCCCUCUCUGCUCCUCUCCCUCUCUAUCCUCCAGAAGACGGCCCUCCACACACGGCCCAGGCAAAAAUAAACCACGUCCACGUGUAUGUUAGAC